CUGCUCCGAAUUGGCCAGGAUCUCGCAGAUUCCAUAUCUCAUCUCAAGGAGCACAAACUUCCCCUGGUUUUUCUUCCCACCAUUCUUUUACCACUUGACCCUUAUCACAUAUUUUGCUCCUCUCUUAGUGCACACUCAGGUUUACUGUGUCGGUAAAGAUGACCCAAGACACGCCGAGUUUCCCCGUCAAGGUCGCCAUUGUUGGCUGCGGCAACCGCGGCAAUAUCUACAGCACCUACGCGCAGCAAUCGUCGCGGAUGCAGGUGGUCCAGCUGGCCGACCGCUCGCCCGCACGCCUGAAUUCGCUUGCCAAGAAGCUUUCUCUGGACGACUCGUCCUGCUACUCAUCAUGGGAGGACCUGCUGAAUGCACCCAAGAUUGCCGACGCCGUGCUCAUCUGCGUUCUCGACCGCCUGCACAAGGAGGUGGCAGUAGCAUUUGCCAACAAGGGCUAUCACAUUCUCUUGGAGAAGCCCAUGGCAACCGAAAUCGACGACUGCAAGGAGGUGUACGAGGCCGUGCGCCGCAACAACGUUAUACUAGGCAUCUGCCAUGUGCUGAGGUACACAGCCUAUAACCAGAAGAUUAAGGAAAUCAUCGACUCGGGUGCCCUGGGCGAUAUCGCCGGGAUCCAGCACAUGGAGCCAGUCGGACACUACCACUUUGCGCACUCGUUUGUGCGUGGCAACUGGCGCAAGGAGGCUGAGACCUCGUUUGCACUGAUGUCCAAGAGCUGCCACGACAUUGAUAUCCUGCUGUAUUUCCUCGGCGACAAGGCUCAGUGCACCAAGGUGUCGUCGUUCGGCGGGCUGUCUCACUUUACCAAGGACAAGAAGCCGGCAGAGGCACAGGGUGCCACCAAGUGCCUGGACUGCCCGCACGAGCAGAACUGCGCGUACUCGGCCAAGAAGAUCUAUCUCGAGCCCACUGAGAAGGGACAUACUGGGUGGCCGGUUGAUGUCAUUACCGAUAUCGUCGACAUUGAAAACGUCCACGAAGCCCUAGCUACUGGCCCCUACGGCCGGUGUGUGUACGAGUGCGACAACGACGUGUGCGACAACCAAGUGGUGAAUAUGGAAUUCGCUGGCAACAAGUACGUCUCGUUCUCCAUGGUUGCGUUCACCGAGGAGAUUUGUGUGCGCAAGACACGCAUCUUUGGCUCCAAGGGCGAGUUGGUAGGCGACGGCAACCAGUCGAUCGAAGUCUACGACUUUUUGACUGGGCAAAAGACCAAGCACACGCCCCAGCUGGUCUCUGGCAGCCUGGCUGGCCACGGAGGUGGUGACAUGGGCAUGAUCACGGCGUUUGUCAGCGCGGUUGCAUACAACGACCAGAGCUUCCUGUCAUCCGACGCCUGGAGCUCGCUUGAUUCGUGCGUUGUUGUCUUUGCCGCCGAGGAAGCACGCCGGCAGGGGAAGGUGGUCAACCUGGACGAGUUCCGCAAGCAACACAACAUCACUAACAUUUGAGGGCGAUAUAUCGGCCAUUUUAACGGAUUUUUUUCAUGGGGUCAGCCACGCGAUACAUGAUAUACCAAUAGCAUUUAGCCUUCUACAACAUGAGUUCCAGGUGAU